AUGCUAAUCCCGAAGAAAGGGGAUGGCCAAGAAGGGUCUGUUGUUGGGCUAACGAUCGGAGUCAUUGUUGUUUUCUGGAUUGUGAUAGGAAAUGCCUUUACGAUUUAUGGCCUUUUGCGAUUUAAGCCGCCACGGAAUAGCAGCGGCUCUGAGCGUCGCCGUCGGAUCACCUACCAUUAUCUUUUCAGUAAUGCUGUCGCAGAUUUGCUGAUUGGAAUAAUCGUUACUCCCCUCGCCUUGUAUCAGGAAUUCAAUGAAUGGCCAAGCGCAGUUCCUUGUAAAUUUUGGAUAACGCUAGAUAUAACUUGCUGUACCGCCUCGUGUCUCAGUUUAAUGAUCAUUUCCCUGGAUCGCUGGUUCACUUGCAAGCGGCCGAUUCCUCCGAAGUGGUACACAGACAGAAGAGCAGAUCAAGUAAUCGUCAUUGUCUGGAUAAUCUCCGUUACCGUCUCGGCGCUUACAGUACAUUCUGUCGACGAGGAAAAUCAGCUCAUGCUCCGCUCCAGGCUCUUUAAUCAAAGCGACAGUAUGCGUUGGGAAUGUGUGGCGAGCUUUAGCCCGUUUUAUGCAAUAUGCUCGGCGACGGUGAGCUUCAUCAUUCCUGGAAUCAUCAUUGUCGUCUCCAAUAUUGGUAUCAUCACUGUCUCAGCAAAGCUGAACGAGCGGAAUCGAAAAAGAAUGCUUUCAUCGCCAGCUGGAAUGCUCAAGCGAAAAAAUCCAAGAGCGGCCCAGCAAAUCGCUGCAAACGACCGGCUGGGGCCAUUAUUUUCCAUCAGCGAGCCCCUCUGCAGCAAAGCCCCAAGCCUGGAUGUUUCAAAAGCAUUAUCCUCCAGCGAAAAGAAUCGUCGGGAAAGAAGACUGAACAGGACUUGCACCUUGAUAAGCAUUUGCUUCGUCUUUUGUUGGCUUCCUUUUUCAAUUCUGCAGAGCGUUCGGAGCGUUUUUCCCUCAACUUUUGAUGGGGUCAACAUCAUUUUCGACAUAACGAUUUGGCUUGGUUGGGGAAAUUCAGCAUUGAAUCCGGCUGAAGAAUUUUAUUCUGAAAGUUGGCGGGGAGUCCUCUAUUUGGACUCGCCCGACGAGGUCGAAUUCGAAAGAAGGAAGAGGCACAAAUGGCCCGAUUCUACCAAAAUCCCCGACGAUAGACAAUGUGCUCCCGCGCUGGCUGGACAAAAAGCGAGAAAAAAGAAAAUCGCACGACACUCUAUCCGUCCGAAGCAGGGCUGCUGA